AUGUCUUCUCAAUUACGCGCGGCGCUUGCCGCUGCCGACUCCCCAGCGCCUCUGAAACCUCCAGAUGCUGAAAAUACUACAGGAGGACUUGAAGAAGGCAGUGAAGAUGGUAAGUCGUUUUGAAUUUGUCGUUUUAGACUAGCUAAUCACUAUACCGUUAUCAAAAACUAGUUAGCUCAUGACUAAAUAUGAAUGAAUUUGACUUGCUAAACAAGGUAAUCUUAUCAGUACAACGAAAUUAGAUAUCUACUAGCAACUAUAUGUUUCAUAAGACCCCAUCACAUUCAGAAAUUGAAAAAUUCCAGACCGUCCACAGUUACCAGAAGUUCCGGAUCGUUGUGGUCCUCAAACAAUUCCACUAAGCGUUCUUCUCGAUUUUGCAAUUCAACAUGUCUACCACGAAAUCACAGUCUCUGCCGAAGUUUUGCAGCGAAAAUCAGAAUCUGAUCAGGAGAAGAAAAUCGAACUCGUAAAAUUCGCGCACUCAACUCGAAAUCAAUUCGUAAAACUUCUAGCUUUAGUAAAAUGGAUAAAAAUGUCGAAAAAGUUAGAUGUCUGCAAUUCGAUCAAUUAUUUGUUAGAACUACAGUCUCAUUAUUAUAUCGAUGCUGCAGAUCGAUUAGUUGCAAUGACAAGAGGAGAUUUAGUGCUCGCAAGACUUCCUGAAUAUCAAAUUCUUCCCGCAAUCGAUGUUUUAACCUUGGGAACUUAUCAUCGAAUGCCAACAAAAAUCAAAGAUGCAUUUAUUCCUCCUUCAAAAAUCACAGCAAGAGAGCAAAAUGUAGUGCUGGCUCGAUUAAAUCAAUUAAUUGAGACUAGAUUAUCACGUGCUUCUACUGGAUUAUCUCCAAGAUUUGAGCAUAUUGUUGUGAUGAAUGGUAUGGCAAUUUUAACAGUUCCGGGAGAAUUCGAAGUCAAAAUGACAUUAUUGGGAGAGACGGAAAAGACAAAAUGGACACUUUUGAAUAUUAAAAUAUUGGUGGAGGAUUAUGAAUUGGGUUUGGGAAUGCCAUUGGUGCAUCCGAUUCAGGUUAAUCAAUUACAUGCGGUGCUGCAGACAAGGAUGGAUGCCUCGAAAAAUGUGAGUGAUUUUGAGGGAAGCGAGGGACAGACUGGGAAAAUUAAAAUAAAAUAUUUUGUUCUCAAUUUUCCACGUAAAAAACGUGACCCAGUUUUUAUCUCACAUUUUUUUCGAAAGAAAAAUGGACCGAAAAAUGAAAUUCCAACAUUUCUAGUGUUAUUUUUGAAGCCAAUCAACGAAAUUAUCACAAUUUCAGGUAAAAAUCAAAAGAAGUAAUCUUUUUGGACAUUUUUGCAUUUCAAAGUUUUUUGAGUUGAAAAUUAUCAAUUUCUCACUAAAAGUCCUAGUUUUGAGCUAGAAAAAUUAUAAAAAUAAUUUUCAUCUCAAAAAGACCCGAAAUUUCUUAAUUUUCACUCGAUUUUCACCCUCAAAAUCCUAUUUUUUCCAGCCAAUCAACGAGAUCUUCAUAUUUCUGCACAAUUUCUGCGUUUCCCUUCAAUUAGACGUAUUAUUUUGUCAAACUUCUCGAUUAGCAGCUGGUCGACUUCGAGAUAAUAUAACAAUCGAAAAAUAUGAUCCAAAAGAGCGUUGUUUAAUUGUUGGAUAUUGGGUGAAACGGUCGAAAAGUCGAAAAGUUACGUUAGGAGCACCGAAAUCUGAAGCACAAUAUCGAUUGCAAAUAUUUGAGGAUAAAGAGGAUAAGAUUUCGGGACUUAAAGUUCGACAUUUUCCACAUGCACCGCAUUUGGGAAAAUUGGAUUGUAGAACAGGGUGAGUUUUUUGUUUUACCUAGAAAGUAUUAAAAAGUAUCCUAUUUUGAUCUGAAAAUUGAGAUUUCUAUGCUAAAAUAUCAAUUGUCUCCGAAUAUAUCAUAUUUAUCUUGCAAAUCUGAAAUUUAAGCUCUGAAAAAAUAAUCCGAAACUUAUGUUUUUUUUCAAAAAUGCACAUUUCUAGUUCAAGAAUUCCAUCAUUUUCUUAUAAAAACAGCUGCGGCACGAUUUUGUGGGCGGAUCCUAUUUCCCCCAUAUUUUUCCCGUUUUUUUGGAACCAUUUGUUGAUCUCUUAAUCUUUUGAAUCGAUUAACAGAUCAACGAAAUGGUCAAAUCUCAAAAACACUGAUUUUUUAUAUGUAAUUUUUGAAACAGUGGAUUUUUUUUGAAAUCGAAAAAUUUGGAUUGUUAUAACUUUGUAAAGAGAUUUUCCAAAUAUGCCACGUCACAACUCAUGUUCAAAGUACAGUUUCAAAAAACUAAGAGUUUUCAGAAAUAAAUCGAGUAAAAAAUUGCGAAAAAUCCACUGUUUCAAGAAAUGUACAUAUCGAAUCUCAAUGAAAUUUUUUUUGCUGUAACAUUUUUUAUGGAAGGAAAAAAGUGUAAGGUUGUGAAGUUAAAAUAUACCAAAAGAAAUUUCAUGAAUUUUCUACUUACAAUUUAUGGCCGGUAUUUUUAUAUCCGAAAAAUCGUGAUUUUCAGGCGACUUUCAAUGGAUCGCCUUUUAUCCGAAACAUAUGUUGUUCGAUGUCGAGAAAGAUUGCUUAGACUUCGUCGAAUUAUCGAAACUGCAGAUCCGAAAUUGAAAAUCUCGUUGACUGGAUGUGCGAUGCCCUCUUUAUCUAUGGCACUUUUGAAUGAUUCGACACCUGAUGAAUUUUUGGUGGUUUCGGUGAAUUCGUUUUGUGGAAAAGUUAUUUGUUCGAUUCAUAGAAUUAUUGGUGAGUCGAUUAUUUUUUUUGGGUGGGAAAUUGUAGAUUUUGAGGCAUGAUUUAUUAAUUUAUUUUACUGAAAAUGCUGAAAAUCAAAAACAAUUGGAGUACGUUCAACAUUUUUAUUCUGAUUAUCAAAAAUAUUCUGUGAUUUUUGAAACAGUGAUUUUUUUUUUCAUUUUUCAUAUUUUUUUUCGGAAAAAUAAAAUAAAAAAUCUCACUGUUUCAAAAAUUUAUGAAAAUUUCUGAAUUUUUAUUUCACAACGAUACUUCUUCAUAUAUUCCUCAUUUGAAUAUCAAAUUGUUUUCCAGAAAAUACAGAAGAUGUAACUGAAUUCGGUCGAGCUCUCUACAGUAAUUGCUCACUGGAAACAAUACGAAAAUUUUUGAAGAAAUUGAGAAUCGCAAUUAUUAUCGAAAGAUAUCGAAGAUCUAUCAAAUCGCAACCAGUUCGAGAAAAAACUGAGAAGGAAAUGACGAGUUUUUUGAAAAAGGUGAGGGUUUUUGAGGCAAUCGUUGCAAUUUUUAACCCAAAAUCAUGCUUUUCAGAUGCCCGAAUCUUUGCCCGAACAUCGAAUGUAUUUACAAUUUAUGCGAAGUUCAACACAUUAUUUAUUGGUCACUUUCGUUCCGCAUCCAACUGAAAUUGUCACAAUUGAAUUGUAUUUAUUGCAAAAUGAGGAAAAUCGGACACAAAUGUUGAGAAUUGAUAAUGUGAGUGUUUUGGAGAGAAAAUUGGGUAUCUUUAAGUGAAAAAUUAAUAUUUUCCGUUAACUUUUGACGUUUCUAGCGCCAAAAUCAUCACAAUAUUCAAAUUUCACUGAAAUUUUGAGUUUUACUGCACAUUUUCAUUUUUUUGACAAGAAACCCCUUAUUUUUAAAGGAAUUUGAAAUUCUCAAAAAAUUUGAAGAAUAAUGCAGAAUCUCGUCAUUUUCUAUUUUUUUUAUUGUUUCAGCAAGUUCACUUGUUCUCUAAACCAAUUCGCGAAGCUCUUUGUGUUGGUUCAUUGAGCACACGAGAGAAGAAUUCGAAAGCCGGAAGAGAACAGCGAUUGGCAUUUGCGAUUUCGGCCAUCGAAGAUCGCCUAACUUACAUGUUUAUUGCGGAUGAAUUGGUGAAACGUGGAAUGGAAGUUGAUAUGAAAUCGGAUGAAAAUCAUGUUCCGGGUGGAUUGACUUUGCAUAUUACGGAGUUAGUGGUUUUUUGGGUGGGAAAAUGCGAAAAAUAGAGGGUUUCAAUGUUAACUUUGCAAAAUUUACUGUUUCGAAAUUUUAUUUUAAAAACUUAGCUAGAAAUGAUUUAGGUUGAUCUAUAAAAAGAGAGAAAUCGCGAAAAAGAAAAAAAAACAUUUUUUGCACUAAAAUUCAACCUAAAAUUCAUUGAAGAUUCAUGUGGUUAAUUUUUUAGAUCAGGACAAGUUAUAAUUUAAUUCUGAUAAUUUUUCACUGUUUCAAAAAUUUUAUUCAUUUUUUUUGACUCUUUGAAAUUUUAGUGCAUCCUCAACCUGGUGUUUCGAAAUUUCAACAUUAUUUUUGACCCAGAAAAUCUCCACGUGGCAAAUUUAUCCGAAGUCGCCCAAAAAUUUAUGUAUCAGUGUUCAAUUUACGAGAAAAAAUCUUAUUAUUUUUUCACUGAUUCGAAAUUUUCGAUUUUUCGAAUCGGUAAAUUAACUAAAUGUUUUUGCCAGAUAAUUUUAUUCUAAUUUUUUUGCAGUUGCUCAAAAGUUGUUCCAACCGAUGUUGUCGAAUUUUUCAAAUGUUGUGUUCGAACUUGUAUUCGAAUGGACAAUCGAAUGCGAAACUCGUUUCAAUUUGAAAUGUGUUUUGAGAAUAUUCCGCUGGUUCGAGAUGUUCCUUAUGGAUUACCGCAUCGAAGAAUUGGAGAGAAGGUGAGAUUUUUGGGAUAAUUUUAUUUGGGAUUUUUGAUCCAAAAAUUCGAGCUUUUUAGAUUUAAUUUUUCACCAUAAUUCAGAGAUUUUUCGCUAACUUUUUGAUGUGAAAAUUGAUAUUUUUCGGUUUUUUCAGACACAAAUUGAGAGAGAAAAGGUAAGAAAUGUGCUAACCCUAAAGCUUUGCAUGAAAUAAAACCCCCGCUUUUUAAUUUUUGUUGCUUUUUUUGUCUGGAAAUUUGUUCUGUUUUUGCUUUGGCUGAAUAUAACAUUUGCUUGGGGAAACUUUGGGGGAAAAUUUCGCUUUGUUUUUCGCUCCAAAAAUAUCUACGCUUUCAUUGAAGCUGGAAAUUGCUGAAAAUCGAAGAUUUGAAUGUAUUUUUGCAUCAAAACAAAGCCGGAAAUUUGCCGAACAAAUUUACGUUUCAACUUUUUUAUAGCAGAACAUUUUCAUAAUUUUAAAAUUAUGAUUUCAACUUAUGAGAUUUUCGAAUCAACUAAUUUUUUACACAAAAUUCAAUAACAGCUUUUUUUGUAUCUAAUCCUAACGGUUUUCACCGCCAACUUUUCAAUAAAAAUUCAAAUUUCCCCUCGAUAUUCCCUAUAUUUUUUUUAGAAUACAACUUGGAUUCAAGAAAUCAGUUUGGUUCAAGGAUCAAGUGCAACUUUAACUCCCGACAAAGUUGUCGAUAAUAUAAUUCAUCGAUUGGCGAGAUAUUUGAAAAUGUAUAAAGUGACACAUGCUUUUUCGGUGGCAUAUCAUGCACAUUAUCAUAAAUUGUGUAGUGUGAGUUAUUUGAAAGAUUUUGAGCUGAAAUCCUUGAAAUAAUUUUGAUUUUUUAAAAAAUUAUCUAAUUCUCUGUUUUUCAGAUUGAAGCGUAUACUUUCCACAAAUUAGUCAUUUCAUAUGGUGAACAAAGAGAUCAAUUGUUGAUUUUGGCUUUUGACCCGACAGAGGGUUUUAGAAUCAAUUUUGGACAGGUGAGCCAUUUUUUUGAGGGGAAAAAUUCUGCUGUUUCAAGAAUUUCAUGAAUAUUUGACAAUAAGGGAAAUCAUUAGUAUGAAGUACGACUUGUCGUUUUCAAAAAAAAAAUACUGUUUCAAUUUUUUCAUUUACCGAAGCACUAUUGUCUUAUAUUUUAUAAAAGAUUUGUUUUUCAGUUUUUCGAUCAGAAAAAUCCACUGUUUUAAAAAAUUCAUAUUGAUAAUGGAGGUUGCAAAACUAAUGAAAAUAAGGAUUGAACUCGAAAAAUUAGUAAAUAUUUGAAACAGUGAUGUUUUGACAGAAAAUUGAUUGUUUUUUUUUGAAAAAAAUCUUGUUUCAUCAGUUAUAAAAAUAACCAGAAAAAAUAUGAUAAUUUUGAAACAGUGGAUUUUUAAUAUUAAUUUUUUCAUUGUUUCAAAAUUACUGUUCUAUGUUUGGAAACCAUUGUUUCUUCCCGAAUUACCUACUCUAAAAGUUCAUCAUUGUUCAUUUUUUUUGCAGACAAUGCCACACCGCGAAUUCAAUUCGGCCGAAAUUGAUUGGCACAAAAAACCGCGCUGGAAUCCGCAUUCAAUGAUUGCAAAUUCGCUGAAAGAACGACUAAAAGCCACGGAUGAUUUGGUUUGGGUGGUGAAUUAUGUGAUUGAGACAAUGAAACCAAUGCAAUCACUUGGAAUGUUUAGUCGAAUUCGAUUUUUGAGUCAUAAGGUGGGAUAUUUUUGGAAGAGGGAAUAUGGAUGAAAAUUGUAGAAAAAUCCUUUAAAGGAAUUUUCUUCAAAAAAUUCCAAAAAUUUUGAGGAUUGUUUUAAAUUAUUCACGUUUCGAAAUUUUUAUAAUCAAUAGAAUUUUUUGAUUCAAGGAAUUUUUCUCGCUCGGAAAUUUAUUUCAAAAGCUCAUUUUUGAAAAAUUACACAUUUCCUAAUUUUUUGAAAAUUAUAAAUUUUUAUCUGAAAAAUUUUUCUAAAUAAAAACAUAUUUUUUGAAAAUUCAAUCAAAAUUACAUAGUUCUAUGGAUUUUGAUCUGAAAAAUCAAAAAUAUAUUAAUUUUCAACCGAAUUUAAUUGGCAGGUCGCCGCGCAACUUCUCAACCAAGACAUUUUCUUCCCAUAUCGCCUCAAAUAUCAUCUGAGCGCCAUCGACGAAACCACAAUUCGCCUCCAAUACGCAAAUAUUGUUCUCGAAUUCAAAAUGUUGGCCGAGGCAAAAGUCGCAAUUCGAGAUUGUUCAAGAUAUCGACCGAAAUGCGCCGGAAUUCAUCAGAUUUUCAAAAUUCUCUCAAAUGGUCAAUCGACAACUUUAGAGGAUGAAAAAGAGGUGCCAGCGUCGGAUAACCCGCAUUUCGCCGGAACUCCGCCGUUUUUACCGGAUCCCUAUUUGGUUUUACCGCCGAGUUGUGUUGAUUUACAACAGGAGAAUAUGAGGACGAGUACGAAACCGGUUGUGAUUCCACAUGAUGUGCUCAUGUUGGCAACUGAUUUCAAGGAUUAUGGUGAGUGAAAUUAGAAGGACACAAAAAUAAAAUAUUUAAAAAAAUGAAAAAUAAUGUUUUUUUCUCUUCAAAAUUUUCACUGUUUCAAAAUUUUUAUGUAAGAAUACAUAGGUUGUGUUUUUAGAAUGUUACAAAUUUGGAAACUAGCUAAAUUUUAUUAAAAAUGAUCUGACACACCUUUUUUUGGUAUGCCAUUUUUAAGAAUUCGGUCUCUGGAGUCUUACCAAAAUUCACUGUUUCAUCUUUUUUUUCAAUGGGAUUUCAAAAUAAUAUCGAGGGCCUAAUUUCUUUGAUUUUCCUCCCGAAAUUCUCAAUUUUUCUUCAUUUUUUGCAGAUGGUCGUAUGACAUGUCCAUUAGAUGAUUAUCUAUCAGCCAUCACAUAUUUAUUGGAUAUUCGUGUCUCAUUAGAUCUCCUAACUCAUCCACCAGCUCCAAAUUUGACACCAACAGCAACCUAUUCGGGAAGUAUCACAUAUUUGGACAUUCAGGCGAAUGUUAUCAAAUUUCGAGCCACACAAUUGGAUGGACAAGGACCGAAUACAACAAAUAUGGUGUAUUAUACAUUGUAUAUUAGUCCAAUUAAUGGAAGUUGUAAAUGUGCUGUGGAGUUUGGUGAGUUCUUUGGGAAGGGAGGCGGGCAAUUUUUAGUGGGAAACCACAAGAAAACGAAGUUGGAAAUUAUUCAAAAUGUUAAUUGAAUCAUUUUUUGCUAGGGGAUAAUUUCAUAUCCAUUCAUUGAAACGUAGAAAAUCUUGGAAUAUUGGAAAUAUUUUGUAGGAAGCUACAAAAAACAAAUUUUUAAAAAUAUUUUUUUUAGAAAAAAAGGUUUUCCUAGAAUCCAAACAAUAGGAGAAGCAUUUAAAAUUUUUUAAAUAAUUCAAUAUCUUUUUUGAAACGUAGAAAAUUUUGGAAAUUCUAGACAGUUUUUAUAUUUUUUUCACGUUUCAAAAAUUACCUUUUUUUGUGUUUGGAAUCAAAUCAUCGACUGUUCUGAAAAGUAGAACAAUGUUGAUGUGCUAAUUUUGAAACAGUAAAAAUCUGAGAAUUUUUGUUCUGAACAUUUUUUAUUUUUUGUAUUUUUUUACUGAAAAUUGUGCCGCAGUAGCAAGUCAGUUCCCUCACCCCAAACCAUUUAUUCCGAUUUUUCAGACGAAGGUUCGAAUCCAGCAGCAACGCCUGAAAAUUUGCAAAUCUUCUCACAAUAUUUCGAAAAAGUCGUAUUAUUAUCGAGAAAUGAGACAGCCAUCCAAACAUUUAUUUUGUUGACCAGAUUGACGGCUCACGGAGCAACAAGUAGUAUUGCAAAUGUGAUGAGUGCACAAAUGGUAAGACAUCUUUUCUGGGUGGUAAAUUGGUUUUUCAAUCUAAAAUUGACGCCAAAAAUUAAGCACGAAUUGUUUUUACAAACAGUUGA